CAUUGCAUGUCGAUAAGAAAAACUGUGUGUACUUAAUGAUAAAGACACGGCUGAGGCCUGCUACGGACUUCCGUGAUCAUCAGUUCUGUACUUUAUUACAAUUUCAAAAAGUUGCGCUAUAUUGAACCAGAUUUCGGGAAUGUAAAAAUAUUUUGUGGUUUAAUUAAAGACUGGAAAAUUAAAAUUACCAGGGAAGCUUAGUGAUGUUUGAAUUUUGACUGACAUCCAACUGGCUUUGAGACACCCCUUCAACAACUGAACAUGGUCAUUUUAGGAAAGGGUGACCAUGUGUGGCUGGAGCCAAAGACAAAGGGCGAGUUCACCGUGUCAAUCGGAGCCGUCGUCCAGGCAUCCGAACAUGGGCGGAUACGGGUUCUCGACGACGACGGCAAGGAACACUGGAUCGACUCAAAAACACAGAUACGGCACAUGAACGUAUCAUCGCAGAACCAUAUAGAAGACAUGAUCUUGCUUGGUGACCUAAAUGAGGCAGGAAUCCUUCGAAACUUGUUCAUGCGAUAUAAACAAAACUUAAUUUAUACGUACACUGGGUCCAUCAUGGUGGCUGUAAACCCCUACCAGGUACUGGACAUCUACACGCCCGAGUACAUCAACAACUACAGAGACAAGAAAAUCGGGGAGUUACCCCCGCACAUUUUCGCUAUCGCUGACAACUCGUACCACAAUAUGCAGCGCUACCAGCACGACCAGUGUGUUAUUAUCAGUGGAGAGUCUGGUGCAGGAAAGACUGAGAGUACGAAACUGAUCCUGCAGUUCCUGGCAGCCAUCAGCGGCCAACACUCCUGGAUAGAACAGCAGAUCCUGGAGGCCAACCCCAUCAUGGAAGCAUUUGGCAAUGCUAAGACAAUCAGGAAUGACAACUCUAGCCGAUUUGGAAAGUACAUUGACAUCCACUUCAACCAGCGAGGAUCUAUCGAGGGCGCCAAGAUCCUUCAGUACUUGUUGGAAAAGUCCCGUAUUGUUCAUCAGGCUCACGAUGAGAGAAACUACCACAUCUUCUACUGCAUGUUGGCAGGAAUGACUAGUGAGGAGAAGAAAAAGCUGGACGUCCAGACUCCCGCACACUACUGGUAUCUGACUCAGGGUGGUGAUACGAAGUGCGAGGGUCGAGAUGACGCGAAGGAGUUUGCAGACAUUCGGUCGGCCAUGAAAGUUCUCAUGUUCCAGGAGAAGGAAGUCUGGGAGCUGCUCAAGAUCCUCUCAGCUUUGCUGCAUCUCGGAAACCUCAACUAUAAUGCCAUUGAGAUGGACAACAUUGACGAUGCCAGUGAGAUCUCAGACAUCUCCCACAUCAACAAAGUCUGUGCUCUGUUUGAGUUUAAUGCCCAGGACCUCAUUGACGCCCUUACCACCAAGACGAUCGUAACUCGAGGGGAAAGCGUCACCAGUGCCAUGGGUGUAAAUCAGUCCAUGGAUGUAAGAGACGCCUUCGUGAAGGGAAUCUACGGACGCAUGUUCGUCUGGAUUGUAGAGAAGAUCAACAUAGCAAUCUUCAAGCCAAAAUCAAACCCGAAACACUUCCGCAGUUCUAUUGGUGUCCUUGAUAUCUUCGGUUUUGAGAGUUUUGACGUCAACAGUUUUGAGCAACUGUGUAUCAACUACGCUAACGAGAACCUUCAACAGUUCUUCGUACAGCACAUCUUCAAACUGGAGCAGGAGGAGUACGACAAUGAGGGCAUCAACUGGCAGCACAUUGAGUUUGUCGACAACCAGGAGGCCCUCGAUCUGAUCGGGCUCAGACCCAUGAAUAUCAUCUCCCUUGUGGACGAGGAGAGCAAGUUUCCCAGGGGUACAGACCAGACUAUGUUACACAAACUUCACCAGACCCAUGAGAACAACAAGAAUUAUCUGAGACCCAAGGCCGACAUCAACCGAGUGUUCGGUAUCAACCACUUUGCUGGCGUCGUGUUCUAUGACAGCAAAGGAUUCUUGGAGAAGAACAGGGACACAUUCUCCCCCGACCUCCUGCAGAUCAUCCAGGGGUCCGGCAACAAGUUCCUCAAAGGUCUCUUCAGCCAUGACAUACACAUGGGCCAGGACACUCGUAAGAGAGCCCCAACGCUAGGAGCCCAGUUCAAGAAAUCCCUCGACUCCCUUAUGAAGACCCUGAAUGCCUGCCAGCCAUUCUUUGUACGGUGUAUCAAGCCCAACGAGUUCAAGCGAGCCCAGGACUUUGACCGAGAGCUUUGUUGCAAGCAGCUUCGAUACUCUGGUAUGAUGGAGACCAUUCGGAUCCGACGAGCCGGCUAUCCCAUCAGACAUUCAUUCUUUGACUUUGUUGACAGAUACAGGAUCCUGGCGGAGGGUAUUGGCCCCGCACACAAGGAGGAAUGUAGAUCAGCCAGUACCAAGAUCUGUACGAAAGUUCUCAAAGGCAUGGACUUCCAGCUUGGUAGAUCCAAGGUCUUCCUCAAGGAUGCCCAAGACGCUUACCUAGAGCAGUGUCGUGAAGUGGCCCUGACAGAGAAGAUCUCCGUUAUCCAGAAGUGUAUCCGUAUGUGGGCGGUGAGACGUCGCUACUUGAAGAUGCGGGGGAGUUGUACGACCAUACAGUCAUGCUGGAGAGGAUACUACGCCAGGAAGCGCUUCCUUGCUAUGCGACAAGGUUAUAUGAGACUGCAGGCCCUUGCAAGGUCACGUAUCCUUACCGCAAGGUUCAACGCCCAGCGUAGCAUGGUGAUCAACCUACAGCGAUACUGCCGGGGCUUCCUGGUAAGGCGAUGGGCCCAGCAGAGAAUGAUAGCCAUCAUCAAGAUACAGGCCAGCGUCCGUACAGCCAUACAGUGUAUGAAGUUCAGGCGACUCAAGAUUGAGUAUGAGCGACGUUUGGAGGCAGAGCAAAUACGGCGUGAGGAGGAGAACAAGCUACGUAAGAAGAUGAAUGAGAAGAAGGCAAAGGUUGAGGCUGAGAGGUUACAUCAGGAACGACUGGCUCAGAUCGAGUCUGAAGCUGCAGAAAUCGAAAGACAGCAGCGGGAUCAGACUCGCAUGAAGAAAGAACAGAUCGAGAUUACUGAGAGGCGUAUAAACGAGCCAAAGUCUGACUCCCAAGUGGUUGAUGACAUGUUUGGGUUUAUUGGUGAGGACAGUGGUGUCACUGGAGAGGGACCAUCAGCCUUUGCUCAUGCAGAUACAGAUGAUGGAUUUAUUUUUGCAGAUCUGGAAGAGAAGAGGAGGCAGCUUAUGUCAGAAAUCGAUUACGACACAGAUGCGCUUCAGAUACCGAUGCCUGUGGAUGAGGAAGAUAUCUCUGGGUACAAGUUUGCCAAGUUUUCUGCCACCUUCUUCCAGGGCAAUGCCACCCACACAUACAUCCGUCGUCCAAUCAGAACGUCGCUGCUACAGCUUAAGUCAGAGUCUGACCAUCUGGCUGCACUUGCAGUCUGGAUCACCAUAUUAAGGUUCAUGGGAGAUCUGCCUGAGCCUAAAGUCUACACGGCCGCUCAGGACACAAGGGACACAACCCCCGUGAUGACGAAGAUCUACUCAACUCUCGGACGCAAGUUCAACAAGCGUGACCUGGAGGAGGCGCAACGUAUGAACAUGGAGCUAGAACAGGAACCAUCCAAUAUCCGGGUCAGUGGGAAACGCAGCAUGAGGAAGAAACUGGUUUCCCUGACGCUGAAGAAAAAGUCAAAGAUUACGGAGGAAUUUAAGAGCCAUCUUGGGGACACGGACUAUUACUCUCCGUCUGGCCAGAAUGCGCUGCUGGAGGAGAGACCCACAUCCAACCUGGAGAAACUCCACUUCAUCAUCGGACACGGCAUCCUGAGGCCUGACUUGAGAGAUGAGAUUUACUGCCAGAUUGCGAAACAACUGACCCAGAAUCCCUCGCGCUCAUCUCACGCCCGGGGUUGGAUCCUCCUGUCGUUAUGUGUUGGAUGCUUUGCUCCAUCUGACAAAUUUAUCAAGUACCUGCGAAACUUCAUCCAUGAGGGGCCACCAGGUUACGCGCCUUACUGCGAGGAGAGGUUGAGACGUACGUUCGCCAAUGGAACACGAAACCAGCCACCCUCAUGGCUUGAACUUCAGGCAACAAAGUCCAAGCGACCCUUGAUGCUUCCUAUCACGUUCAUGGACGGAAACACAAAGACGCUCCUGGCCGAUUCUGCCACCACGGCCCGGGAACUCUGCCAACAGCUAUCAGAGAAAAUUGGUCUUAAGGAUCAGUUCGGCUUCUCCUUGUAUAUAGCUCUCUUUGAUAAGGUGUCAUCUCUAGGAAGUGGUGGUGAUCACGUGAUGGAUGCCAUCUCACAGUGUGAGCAGUAUGCUAAAGAACAAGGGGCCCAGGAGAGAAACGCCCCCUGGAGGCUGUUCUUCCGCAAGGAGAUAUUUGCCCCCUGGCACGACCCAGCAGAGGACUCAACUGCUACCAACCUCGUGUAUCAGCAGGUGGUUCGUGGGAUCAAGUUCGGGGAAUAUAGGUGUGAUAAGGAUGAUGAUCUGGCAAUGAUCGCAGCCCAGCAGUACUACGUUGACUACGGCUCCAGCAUCUCAACAGAGCGGCUCCAGAGUCUGCUUCCCUCGUACAUCCCUGAUAGUUUGCUAAACAAACCGAACGCCCUCACAUUCUGGAUGACACAGGUGAACAACAAAAUGCACGGCCCAUACUUCAAAAAUGACAUAAUCAGAUCACUAAAGGUGAAGGAAGACAUUGUAAGUUACGCCAAGUACAAGUGGCCGCUGCUGUUCUCACGGUUCUACGAGGCGUACAAAUUUGCAGGACCAAGCCUUCCAAAGAACGAUGUUAUAAUUGCGGUGAACUGGACGGGUGUGUACGUGGUCGAUGAUCAGGAGCAGGUUCUGCUGGAGUUGUCUUUCCCUGAAAUCACAGCUGUAUCCAGUAGCAGGACUGGCAAGAUGCAUGGUCAGAGCUUCACCCUGGCGACCGUGAAGAGUGAUGAGUUCACGUUUACGUCACCAAACGCGGAGGACAUUCGCGACUUGGUCGUUACAUUCCUUGAAGGCCUCAAGAAAAGGUCAAAAUAUGUGAUCGCUCUGCAGGACUACUCUGGUCCAGAUUCAUCAUUAAUAGGAGGUGAUAGUUCCAGUUUCCUGAGCUUCCAGAAGGGUGACCUGAUUGUGCUUGUGCAGCAGAAUGGGGAGACAGUGAUGAACUCGGGCUGGUGUAUAGGAGAGUGUGUCCGUACAGGGAAACAGGGAGAUUUCCCAGCUGAGUGUGUCUAUGUUCUUCCCACGAUUACCAAACCCCCACCAGAGAUUCUGAACCUGUUUGUCCAGUCCACCGACCAAUCAAUGCUGGUACAGUCUAAUGUAGAGGUGGUUGCCGAGACAGGGGAAAAGCCCCAUACACUAGAGGAGUACAGCCUGGACCACUUCAGGCCUCCAGCAAAACGAACUCUGUCAAAGACACUCCAAUCUGCCCGACGUCGCAAGCCGGAUGAGCUGUGGCGUUACUCUAAGGAACCCAUUCGCCAGCCCCUGUUGAAGAAACUGUUGGGUCGUGAAGAAGUGAGCCAAGAAGCCUGCCUGUGCUUCCUAGCUAUACUGAAGUACAUGGGUGAUCACCCAUCUAAACGCGGAAGAAUGGCCAAUGAACUCACAGACCAGAUCUUCGAUCCACCACUCAAAACAGAAAUCUUGAAGGAUGAGAUCUACUGUCAGAUUAUCAAACAACUGACAGACAACAAGAACAGGAUGAGUGCUGAUCGUGGCUGGGAGCUGAUGUGGCUGAUCACUGGUAGUUUUGCCCCCUCCACCAACCUUCUUAAGGAGGUGACGCUCUUCCUAAAGUCGCGGCCCAACGCCCCCACUGCCAAUGACUGUGCUUCGAGACUUCAGAAGACUCUCAGGAACGGGACCCGCAAGUACCCACCCCACCAGGUGGAGGUGGAGGCUAUACAACACAAGACUACGCAGAUCCUCCAUAAGGUCUACUUCCCAGAUGACUCUGAUGAGGCAUUUGAGGUUGAGUCUAGCACCCGGGCCAAGGACUUCUGCCAGAACAUCGCCUCAAAACUGGUCAUCAAGUCACCAGAAGGAUUCAGUCUCUUUGUCAAGAUUGCUGACAAAGUUAUCAGUGUGCCAGAAGGGGACUUCAUCUUUGACUUUGUGAGACAUCUGAUUGACUGGAUCCGCAAGGCCAGGCCGACAAGAGAUGGUACGGUCCCCCAGUUCACCUACCAGGUGUUCUUCAUGAAGAAACUGUGGACUAACCUCGUGCCAGGCAAGGACCUGAACGCUGACCUCAUCUUCCAUUACCACCAGGAGUUGCCAAAACUACUGCGGGGCUAUCACAAAUGCAGUACAGGAGAAUCGGCGAGACUAGCUGCCCUCAUCUAUCGGGUGAAGUUUGGCGAGAACAAGACCGGCCUGCAGAACCUACCGAGAAUCUUGCGUGAACUGGUCCCAGCUGAUAUGAUCAAAGCCCAGUCUCCUGAUGAGUGGAAGAGGGCUAUUGUUAGUGAGUUCAACAAUGACGGUGGAAAGAGCCAGGAAGAUGCCAAGGUGGAGUUUCUCAAGGUCAUUUACAAGUGGCCCACAUUCGGCUCAGCUUUCUUCGAGGUCAAGCAAACGACAGAGCCCAACUACCCAGAAAUCCUGCUGAUUGCCAUCAACAAGAAUGGAGUCAACCUUAUACAUCCUCACACCAAGGACAUUCUGGCCACUCAUCCGUUCACGAAGAUCUCAAACUGGAGCAGUGGUAACACGUACUUCCACAUGACCAUUGGGAACCUGCUUCGUGGAUCAAAGCUCCUGUGUGAAACUUCUGUGGGCUACAAGAUGGAUGAUCUGCUCACCUCCUACAUAAGCCUUAUGUUGACAAACAUGAACAAGCAACGCACAUCACGACGAUAAACAGAACAUAGUAUAUAAGCAGAAGUCAUCAAGAUGAUAAACGGAACAUUUUGAACAAACAGCGCACAUCAUGAUGAUGAACCGAACACUGUGGAAGUACAUCAUGAAGAAAAACUGACAUCACAAUGAUAAAUCAAGAUUUGUGAAAGUAUACUGUGACGAUAAAAAAUCAUAAACCAAGUAAUAUUGCCAACUAUGAUCAUGAACCCAUGCAGCGUACAUCUCUAUGUCUAAAAUAAAUGCGCUUCAUGAUGAUAAAACAACGCACAUCACGUUUAUCGGCCGAGCUACGUCUGCAACAACAAUGUCAUUUCUCCUACACCUAUUUGAGAACUGCAACAAGGCUGUGGAGAGUACUAAAAUGUUCAAACAAUUAAACACUAUUUACGUGUAUAGAUCUUUUAUAAGUAUGGCAUUAUUAUAAAAGAUUGUUAAAAAUUAUCUUCAUAUUCAAAUGCAUGCAUAGAGAUGCACAUUUGAGCAUUAAAAUUAAUAUAUUUCACAAAAAUGUAGCUGAAUUAUCAUUUAUUCCAUAUAAACGCACUGUAGAGAUAUUUUAAUGACCAUGAAUGCUUACAUGUAUUUAGAUUUUGUUCAUAUCAUAAAAUAGUUUUUUUUUAUCAGGCCACUUAAAUGGGAAAAUACACUUGCAUAAUGAUGCUUGGAGUAUUAUUAUUAUUAAAAUCUUCAUUGUUCACGCUUAUGUCUCGACCAAUGGGAUUGCCAAAAGUUGUAUCUGCUGGUAAUGUGAAUACCUCGACAGGGUUAGUUUAUGCAUAUGACGUUACAAUAUAUAUAAACUAGUAUAUGAAACACGUGUAUUCACAACAGUAUUGAUGAAAAGCUUAAAGGGUAACAUAAUUAAUAUUUUAUCGGAAAAGUAUUUCAUAUGUAGAUUGCAUAAAACAUCAAAUAUAAUCCUACAUUUACAAAUUGGGCCAAUUUUUCGGAACUUUUUAACAAAGUUAACAAUUAAAAAUGGAUUAACUUUUUUUAUGAUACCAGUAUGCUCAUAUAUUUAUAUAAAACACAUACAGACAAAACAUGUGUCUCAAAAAGUGUUAGAAACACUGCAGAUCGAACUGUCAUGUGACCAUGAGAGUUCCAAAGCAAGUUUAAAGACUUGAAAGAUAACAAAAAUGACAUUUACAACAAUCGGCAGAUUGUUUAGAACAAAUUUGUUAACAGCAUUGUCGUUACCGUUUAAAAGUGAAAUAUUUUAUGAUGUGCUGAUUUAUUUGAGUAAAAGAAACAUAGCUGAAUCAGUUGUAUCACUAUUUGUGCAAAGUACCACAGAUCAAAUGUGAUUCCAUGAAACUUUCAAAGUAUUAGAGGUUUGAAAGUUAACAACGAUCUAAUUAACAAUGUUGUUAACUUUAAUAAUGUUCUGAACAAUCGGCCCAUCGUUAACUUUAACUCGGUUCUUAACAAUGAUGAUCCCAUUAACCUGCUGGUAGAAUCCGUGAGGGGCAAUCGAAAUCCAGGAAUAUAGUGCCAUUAGGAAUAUUUUUAUGAAUGCAUUUACAAAGAAAUGUAACUAUUUCAGUUAGUUUAUCACAGAAAAUACUUGUACAAAUAAAUCAUUUCUGUCAUAUAUGGGCCUGAUAUUAAUAUAUUUUGAUAUAUUAGUUUGAUUGUUAUUUCUCAAAAUGAACAUUCCAGAUUACUUGUGUAAUAAGAGUUUUAAUGUAUACAUGUACAUCACACACUUGUUAUGUUCUGCCUAGGAAGAACUAGAUGUUAAAAGCCCAUAAAAUUUAAUGUAUAUAUAUAUAUACAUUUUCUUGCCUUGUGAAGUGUAAUUUCAGGUUCCCAUUUUUCAGUCUUAAUAUGAUUGGUCAUCACAAUUUGUAUAGAGUAUAUUUUUAUGCCCCCACAAAGUGGCGGCAUAUAGGGUUGCCCUUGUCCGUACGUACAUCUGUCUGUCUGUACGUACGUACGUCCCGAAGAUUGUUUCCGAUCUAAUUCUUGAAAACUGUUUGUCCAAUCCUCACCAAACUUUAAACACAUGUUUGUGACCAUAAUAUCUUGAUCAAGUUCGAUAGUCAUGGAAAUCGCUUUAGUCAUUUAGGAGUUACGGCCCUUUUUUGCCAAAAAUACUUCAAAAAUAUAUGUUUCCAAUCUAAUUCUUGAAAAGUAUGUGUCCAAUCCUCACCAAACUUUACAUACAUGAUUGUGACCAUAAUAUCUUGAUCAAGUUCGAUAGCUAUGGAAAUCGCUUUUGUCAUUUAGGAGUUACGGCCCUUUAUUUGCAAAAAAAGACUUGAGAUUAUCCUGAAUAAUCAUUAUGGCUUAUUUUCUGUGACAAAAAAUCGAAGUGGGGGCAUCCGUGUCCUAUGGACACAUUUUUUUUGUCUACAUGAAAACCAGUAAGCUUUACAUGUAAAAUUCACAAAUUGAUGUUCUUUCCGAUUGGUAUGACUCUAAAUCAUAAUUAAAUAUGCUAUCGAUAUUUACCUACUUCGUUAACAAAUGAGUAUAUAUUGAAUCCAAUCCAUCUGCAUUCAUUUUAUCAAGUGUUAUCAUGUGACUAUUAAAUAUCUCCAUUGGUUUACAAGUUAUGAUGAUUCAUGCAUUUCAGGAUGAUACAGCAUAAUAUCAUUUCAUCUGAUGUAGGUUCUUACCAUUCUCGUACACCAGAGGGAUAUUGAUGUUAUGUGUUAGAUUGAUCAUUAUCAAACCUCUGAUGAAUGAGAAUGGUUCUUACUUGAAAUUGCAUUCAGAAUGAACCCAUAGGAACUUCCAUUUUUUGAAUAAAUGAUUUCAUUUUGUUUUUCUGUCUCUUUACCAGCAUAAUGACACAUGCUCGAUAAUUUAAAAAACUACUUCUACAUCUAUAAGCCUUGACAUGUAUAUCAUAUAUUUUCACCGUGCUAAAACAUUGUAAAAACAUUCACUAUUUUUGAUGAAUGAUUGUCAAAUAUUCAAUAUAUAUUUAUAUGCAUACUUAUUCUUUCAUUUUUGUUAGAUGCCAGUGUAACUUUUAUACAUAUGUUUGUUGAUUACCCUGUUGUCCAAAAGAAUAUAUAUUUAAGGCCACAAUUAAUGAAUGGUUUGUUUGGCAUUUCCAAACAGAUUCACUGAAAUACAUGCCAUUCAAAAACUACUCAAGUGGUCAAAGUUGCAGCAUGCGGGUGAGUGGGCGGACUGAUGGGCGGGUUUCAUCCAGUUUGUUGUCUGAUCAAUAAGCCGUUGUUUUAUCAUCACCAAAGUUGGUCAGAAUUUCCAAAGUUGGUCAGAACUUUCAUGGGCAUUAUAAUAUCUUGUUCACUACUGAAUUAAGGUAGUAAAAUGUAUAAACAUAAAUCUUCCUGCCUUCCUUAAACACCUUAGAAUGUGGGUCAAAAACACAAAACAAACUAUUUAUUCAUUGUGGCCUAAACAUAGAAUUACAUUGUACAUGUAAGGUUUGGUGAGCGUUUUUGGCUGGCAAUGGAUGUGUUGUAGGCAAAUUUGUAUGAGUGUUUAGUGUGGUAACAUACAUACUAUGUAUAUAGUGUGGUAACAUACAUAUUAUGUAUAUAAUUUAUGAAUAUUUGUAUUUAUAUUAUUAUGUCCCUUACUUUAAAGGUACCAUAUUGUACAUGUAUAUUGCUAAUACUAUAUUUGUUUUUUUUGUUUUUGUUUGUUUGGUAUACAGUUGUUUGACAAUAGUUUGUAUUGAGCUUUAUGCGGAGUUUACUAUUGAUUCUUGACUUGUGUAUUGUGUUAUUGACAUGUAUUAUGAACAUGCAUGCUGACAUGUAUAUAAAUGCCUUUUUCACCAGACACUCCUAACUUGGCCUAGCUCAAAAUUUCCUGGGGACACAUGCCAAGUAUAUCAUUCCAAGUUGUCAUCUGAGGUGUUAUUGCCAAAAUCUCAUAUCCUUGGGUGGUAUUCAAUACACAGCUUAAGUCAAUCUUACGGUCAUACAUGAUUGACUUCAUUCACUACAUAGGUCAGUUAUUUAUAUCACGCAAUCUGCUUAGCUACAUCGUUCUGAGAUCCAGUUAAGACCAAUAUUGAAUACCACCCCUGGGGCGAUAUUACAGAAGCAUCUGAAGUGAAAUCUUAUACUAUUCCUUUACCCUGACACUUUUGUUUACUGAUAUAGUAAACAUGUAGGAUAUUUCUGGAAACAUUUAGAUAAAUAAAUGAGUAUUACUAAUAUAUAUUUUAUGCCAUAGUGGUUAAAACAUCUUGCAGUUCUAAUAGGUUAUUGCAAAUAUAUUAAUAUUGAGUUUUAUAUGUGAAACCAUUAAAUCUUUUAUUUAGGAUGCUUCUGUUAUACGGGCCCCAAUGUUAAUGACCUUCCCUAAUGAAGUUUGGGCUCCUUUCAGUCUCUUGCAACCCCCUUAUAAGAUAUUUAAGCCCCAUGUAAAAUCUGAAUACAUGUUCCUUUUUUCAGAAAAAUCAACUUUUGUGAUGUAUUCAAUCACAUUAUAUUUUUAUAAUGGCAACACAUUCCAAACAUAAUUAUUCCAAAUUGUUGUACAAGUUGUUUACGCCAAAUCCCCUGUCCUGAUGUUUCAUUCCCUGUCCCAGAUUUCUAAUAUACAAUGUAGUUUUGGCUGCAAGCCCUACACUUUUUUUCACAAAGACCAAAUCUUGUGAUUUACUGAAUAAUAAUAGGUACGGAGUAGAGAAUAUUGGAUUAAAUCUGUCUGCUUUACUUAUUGACUGCGUAGAAGCAAAACCCCUGGUGGGAAACUGUAUACUUGAAGUCAAGCAGGCUCUUUGGAUUAAGCUUAUCGCAAACACUCAUAAGAUGAAUAUUAAUACUUCAAGCAUUUCUAAAAAAUAAAACCCAAAUGCAGCCAAAUGAUUUUCAAAAUUUGUUUUCACAAUUUCUGUGAUAGUUUGCACCAUAAGAUUUGAUAUAGAUUUUGUAGCAGAUUCCCACGUUAUGUCCCUUACAUAAUAGUUUAUAUUAUAUAUUCCAAUCUACAUUCUAGCAGAAACGUUUGUUUAUGUAUGUUUGUGUAUGUCGCAGGCAUAUCAAAGUGUUGUUUAUAUAUCAAAGGCAAUAAACUUAAAAUUUCAA